AUGUUCAAGGGAGUAACCAACUAUGCUGAUAGUGAUCAUAAUGGCCGUGUAAAAUGCGAGGUUUCCGGGAAUAUGCUAAGAAAUAAGGGCAGCAAUGCCGAAAAACCAUUAUAUGAUAUAAAAAAGAUGUAUACUGAAUCAAAGAAUUACAUUGGAUGCAUUAUGAGACAAUACGCGAAUCUAUAUCUAGACAAAAUCUCGUAUGCAAUUAAAGGUGAGUACAGAUUCAUUAAAAGAAUAAAGUAUAUUUUAAAUAGUGAACACACUAACCCAAACGGCCUACUACUGUGUGGUAACCUAGAGACCAUGCAUUACAAGUAUGAAAUAACUAAAAUAUUUUUGGAAAAACACCGAAGUUAUACUAAAUCUUAUAGAAAUGCAAUAGACAUAUCUAAUACUAUGGUGCAGUUUACAAGAAACCUUAUAGGAAGUGUUCCAAUUAAUGAACACGCAUUAAAGGAAAAAUUUCAAUCCAGUGGUAUUUAUGAUGGCGAGUAUAAAAAUUGGUAUCCUUGGAUAGAAUAGGAUGUUUCUAUGGAUACGCCAUCAAACAACAAUUUACAGCCAAAUACUUCAAAUGCCGUAUAAUUAAUAAAGAAUGGCAGUUGAGGUAUAGAAGAGUAUGUGAAACUAGCGGGAUAUUUAGUUGAGACUUCAUGCUUUAUAUCAAUA